UCUCUUAUUCUCUCUUCAGAGAACUUCGAAGUAGAAGUACUUUGUUGUAGUUUAGAUGAGCAUGUUCAUGGUAGCGCUUUGUCAGGCGCAGCUGUCAGUUCCUUCCGUCAUUCGUUGACCACGUAGAGUCUUCGUCUUGUCUUGAGCGCUCGUCUGACUGUAGUUUGGUGGCCGUCGCCUGCUUACUGCACCGCUACAGUAUUUGUUUGAAGAGCUCGCAAUCUGUCAUGUCACCGCUCAGCCUCUUGGUGCAUGCCGCAGAACUGAAGUAACGGAUGUAUACAAUUCAUCAGAACCUGGAAAAAUCGGCAAGCGCUUACCUGGGAUGCCGAAACCUCACAGGUUUGGACGCAGUUUUCUAUCACUGCCAUGUUACUGUGUUGCAAGGUUUCCCAUCAAGGAGUUUCGAGUACGGAUCCGUGUGCACCGUGCUCCUGCAAGGAUCACACCCUCUCUGAUUGCCCGGAUAAGACUGUAAACUUACAUUUUAAAAGUGAAUGUUCUAUUCAAUUCCUGUCGACCCAGCUUUUCAGAAGCAAUAAUACACUAUUACGGGAAUUGUUGUUAGCCGACAACCGCUUAAAGACCAUACCCGCGAGUCUAUUCCGUAAUCUUAAAUCUUUGCGAAACUUAGACUUGCAAGGAAAUGUUCUCACACACUUGCCCGGCGGUCUUUUCAAGUUUACUGUCAGCUUGAUGAAACUGAGAUUGUCGCGCAAUCAAUUAACACGUCUGCCACCCCAUCUCUUUGACAAUCCUCAAAAGCUGACGUAUCUCGGGUUGGACGACAAUCUUCUUGAGCACUUACCUGAUGGUAUAUUUGAUGGUCUUCGAUCGUUAAUUUCUCUGGAUAUGAAGGGGAAUUCUUUGAUAGAAUUACCAAGUGGUCUUUUUAGGAAUAGCAUCAAGUUGCGUUAUCUGUAA